GAUACGAUAUGUGUUGUUUCUUGAUUCUCAAUUGUCUUACAAUGCCUUCAUUGUUUGGCUUUAUCAUGUUAGAAUAUUCUGGAACAAGGGUUGGGUUGGUCGGACUGAACUAUGAUUCUAUCACUGUUGGUGAAAGAAAUAAUGGCGAAGAGGAAGAGGAUCAAUUUGUUUCUGGUCUUAAGGUCCAAAAUGAUGCUAAGGUCCAAACUGAUGGUUGCAAAGUGGCUGAAGAAGCUCAAGAUGAAGGUGGCCUUGAAGAUGUCACUAGGUUGUCUGAUAAUGAUGAUGAUGAGACUAUUCUAGCAAGGGAUAAUCUAAGGAAUUUUAGAGCAAAUCAAAUUGGGGUUGCUUCUAGUUCUGCAAGAGCAGCUAUUAUAUUUAGUAAUGUAGAUGUAGGAGUCCAAGAUGAGGAUGAUGGAGAAACACAAUCUGAUGAUGAAGUGAGUUACAUAUCCACAAGUAAUGAAGAGGAUGAGGAAGUAGACCAUGUGGAGGGACUUAAAAAGGGGAAAGUAUUGGAUAAGGAUCAGCUUCUUUUCUUUUUCUUUUUCCCUCCUUUCUUCUUCCCCGCGGGUCUGCUCUUCUUUCUUUCUUCCCGCUGCAGCCGAACAAAAAAAAAAAGGGGAACCCGGCACCAGCCUUUGAGAAACCGAUAGAGAGCUUGGAUUUUCCCCUUCCUUUCUUGUUCUAGAACCCAUAAAGAACCCAGAAAUUUCCCCUCCCUCUCUGCAGAAACCGGAUCUGCUCUGCUUUGCUCUGUCCGCCGGCUGCUCUUGUUGUGGGGGCGAAUUGUUUGGGUUUUGGGUAAGAAACAGCCAUUAAAUCCCUUUGUUUUUCCUUGAAGUGGCUUGGGUUAACUUUGAUUGCUCUUAUUUCCUCCAAUUUUUGGGUAGUUCCGUGAGGUUCCCCCUGCAGAUCCCGCCGGCCUUCCCCAAUCUGCUAGCUCCGGUUCCUUGCUUGUAAAUUCUGGUAUGUGGCAGCCUUAAACCAUUGUUUUUAAGCUUGAUUAAGGUAGAAUUAGCUUGAUUAGUUUGCUGCCAUGUGAUGUCCGAAUUUUGGUAGAAAAAUGGGGAAAUUCCGGUAGCAAUUAAGAGGGGUUUUAAGUGUGUUUUGUUGCUUAAUUCAAGUGAGAUUUAUGUGAUUGAGUGUUAGUUGGUUGUUGUGAUUUUUGGAGAAAAAUCCCGUGAGAUUAGCUAGUGUUUUGGCCAAUUUGUGGAAGUAGAGCUACUGUUCACGUCGGGGUCACUGUUCACCGGUACUGUUCACACCCCAAGGGCCAACAAUUAACGGGAAUUUAAGUGAUUAGUUUGUGAUAUAAGAACGAAUUUGGAGAUAUUUGAUCAUGUGGAAAGUGAUAGAAAUAGCAUUGUGAUUAGGAAUGAUCCCAAUGACGAUUUCAGCUUGAAUUUGUGAUAGUCCGGUAUUAAUUCUGAGGUGUUUUGAUUAGGUUCCCGAUCGUUCUGUCAGUUAGUACGUGAAUUGAGUGCUCGGUUUUAUGCAAGUGAGGUAAGUAAAUUUAUGGUAAU